AUGUACAAAUGAAAUCCUGCCACGUGUGAGCGAAAAGAAUAUUUCUUCCCAAAUUCUGAAUUCACGAGUAACGUUAUCUUCUUCUUCGGUUGCUGCUGAAGCGCGGUGCCGGUGCUGCCUCUGAAUUUCUCGGCUUCAAAGAUGGUGGAUUACGAGCCGGUGACGGAGAACACAAAAUGUAAAACAGUCAAUUUGUUGCGGAACUGUGUUUUACUCUCUUCAGCAUUUUCUCAAGCGCAAUUUGGUCCGCCGUUUUCGAGGCUGUGGAAGCCCAUUCCGGCGCAAGUUUCUCGUCAGGCUGUCAUUCGCAACCUGCAUAUCUCGACUGUCUCCGCCGCCGAUGAGUUCCUGAAAGGCCUUAACUCGUUCGCUUCUCAGAAUCCAGUUUUCAAGAAAAUCCUCUCCUUAUCCUCUGAGUUUCAAAGCUUCUGCCAUGAGUUUGUUACACGCAGGAACGAGUACAGGAAGAAAGUGAAUCUCUCGUUUUCGAAACAUAAUUUUGCGGCGGUUCUACCCGGAGAUUCGGUGGCCGGUAUGGUGGUGGCGAACGGAAUCCUGAAUUUCUUAAACAUAUACAACUCCCUGUUGAUUGUUAGGCUGGUUUUGACCUGGUUCCCUAACUCUCCGUCCGUCAUCGUCAACCCACUCAGUACUUUGUGUGAUCCGUACUUGAACAUAUUCCGCGGAAUCAUUCCACCGUUAGCAGGGACAUUGGACCUCUCUCCCAUUCUGGCGUUCCUGGUUCUCAACGCGAUCAGCAGCACUGCUGCUGCGCUUCCUGCUGAACUUCCCGAGCCAGGACAAUCUCCGACAACGUCCAACAAGAAGUGGAUGAGAAGACUCCAAGGAAGCCGGUCGAAGAGCUCCAAUGGCAUCAAAUAGAUCACCAUUUCAUGUAAAUUUUCGUCUCCUGAGUGAUCGGUAUUGGUUUCCCGGUAAUUUGAUACCUUUGUAUUGUCUCAUACAAUGCAAAAUUAAAUGGCUAUCAAAUUCAUAUCUUUUUAUCUUUUCCCAAAUUCAAGAGCAAUAAGCAUCAGAUUCCAAU